GAGAGACUCAUGCCCCGCGUCCUCAAGGGCUGGCGCACCGAAAUCCUCGACACCUCCAUUCUCCCCGAGAUGGGCUCGCUUGGCCUCCUUGGGCCCACUAUUCAAGGCUACGGCUGUGCGGGCGUAAGCAGCGUCGCCUACGGACUCAUCGCUCGUGAGAUCGAGAGGUACGCGUUUAUCCUCCCAUUCAUCAGAUGA